ACAUAAACAAGACCAACCUAAAAAAGUUGUUGUGGCUGCACCUACAUUCGCAAUAAUCAUCCCCAAGGAGAUGAAUUCAGCGGCUCCGCCACCCCCUCCACCGCCACCUCCGCUCUCCAAAACCAUCCUCCUUGGGAAGUACCAGUUGGGAUGCUUCUUGGGGCGGGGCAGCUUUGCUAAAGUAUACCGGGCUAAGUCCCUGGUGGAUGAUUCUGAGGUGGCUAUCAAAAUUAUAGAAAAAUCGAAGAAGGUGGAUUCCACCAUGGAGGAUCGGAUUCUCCGGGAGGUUGCGGCGAUGCGUCGCCUUCAGGACCACCCUAAUGUUCUAAAAAUUCAUGAAGUUAUGGCGACGAAGACCAAGAUUUACCUCGUGAUGGAACUCGCCUCCGGUGGUGACCUCGAAAAGGUCCUCAGACGCGGCCGUCUCAAGGUGUCCGACGUCGGAAAGUACUUUUCUCAACUCGUCUCUGCUCUUUGUUUCUGUCACCAAAAUGGGAUUGCUCACCGUGAUGUGAAGCCGCAGAACCUUCUGCUAGAUCAGAAUGGAAAUCUCAAAGUCUCCGAUUUCGGACUCUCUGCUCUUCCAGAGCAGCUCAAAAACGGGUUGCUCCACACGUCGUGCGGGACCCCUGCUUUUGCUGCCCCGGAGGUCCUAAUGCGGCGCCCCUACCGUGGUACAAAAGCAGAUGCGUGGUCUUGCGGAGUCAUCCUCUUCAACAUGCUCACCGGGUCCCUCCCGUUCGAUUACAGAAAUCAAGCAAUCAUGUACAACCAAAUGUGCCGGCGGCAAUAUGAAUUGCCAUCUUGGGUGUCAAAGCACGCAAGAGACAUAAUCGGACAGCUUCUCGAUCCGACCCCGAGUACCCGACUGAGCCUGGAAAGGUUAAUGGAAACUUCAUGGUACAAGAGCUUGGUGCCUAAACCGAAACGGCAAAGUAUAUUUCUUGGGCGGAAGUCGAAACAUGAAAUCGUCUGUUCGGAGGUGAAUGCUUUCGACAUAAUAUCUCUGUCGUCGGGGCUGGACUUGUCAGGGCUUUUCCAGGGGGAGAAAAGGAAGGAGAAGAGAUAUACCUCAACAGCCUCGGUUGAGAGCGUGGUGGAGAGGGUGAGGGAGGUAGGGGAGAGGUUGGGGUACAAGGUGGAAAGUGGGAAAAAGGGGGUUGUUGGGUUGAGGAAAGGGAGGGUGGGGUUGGUGGUGGAGGUGACAGAGGUGGCGAAGUCAUUCUUGUUGGUGGAAGUGAAGAUGGCGGAGGGUGGAGCAGAGUUCCAUGACGGCCGGUGGAGAGAUUUGGAGACAGAACUUGGAGAUAUUAUUGUUUCUUGGCCCAGUGAUGCCAUGGAGUAAAGUAGAAGCUAUAUUGUACAAUGCUGUGUUUUGUUUCUAGACAUGUAUAAGGAUUUGAUUUGGCUUUGAUUGAUUGUAAAAUAUUCUACGAAAUUAAUUCAUGGUUAAUUUUAGUUUAAUUGAAGUUUCUGUUAGUUAAUUUCUUGACUGUCUGCAUGAAUUCUCAGAAAUAUGAAGUAGAAAUUGAAAGUAAACCAUUCCAGCAAUGGGAACAUUGUAUUCAUUCCAGAGGCAGAAAGUCCUGAACUUU